UGCCUCCUUUUAAAUCGGAAACCCCAAAAAAAUGGCGUAAAAUUGUGCUAAAGAUAAUCUCUAAUGGCGUCGGCCUCAGUAGCGAAGAUCCAGCUCCUCGAUCUCUCGAGAACCGAUCACAAGCAUCGGAUCAGAUUGAAGCUGCAUCGUGAUCGGGCGAGUUCUUGGAGAUGCAGAGCUUUUCGAUCCGAGGAGGGAGAGAGCUCGAGCUCGAGCUCUGAGAGUUCUAAUGGCGAGGUGAAGAAGAGGAAAGGGCCGCUUUAUUCUCUGAAGUCUAUGUUGGUUAGGGUUUCUGGAUCGAAAGUGAAAGAAGUUGAAGGGGAGUACAGAAAAGCUGUAGAGAAGGCAGAAGAAAUUUUCUUUUCUGUUGUGACUCAGGUAGGAAGAUAUUUGCUCACCAUGAUGAGCACUGGUGUUAUACUUGCAGUUGGAUUCCAGUUGUCAGGCGGGGAUAGCCAGAUGAACACACUGAUUUGGUAUAGUUGGCUUGGUGGAGUAAUCAUUGGAACAAUGAUUGGGGCAAACAUGGUUCUAGAAGAGCACAGCAAAGCUGGACCUCGCAAUGUUGUAAUAACCGGGAGCACAAGAGGAUUGGGUAAAGCACUUGCUCGUGAGUUUCUGCUUUCUGGAGACCGUGUUGUGAUUGCUUCACGCAGCCCUGAAUCAGUUGAUAUGACAGUGGAAGAACUCAAAGAAAACCUAAAGGAGGGUAUAGAAAUGGCUGGGGAGAAAGGCGCGAAAAAAUUUUCUCGUGCUAAAGUUGUUGGCAUUGCAUGUGAUGUCUGCAAUCCUGAUGAUGUCAAAAAGUUGGCUCACUUUGCUGCCAGUGAGCUGGGUAGAAUUGACAUUUGGAUAAACAAUGCUGGCACUAACAAAGGAUUCAGACCAUUGCUAGAGUUUACAGAUGAAGAUAUCAAUCAGAUUGUCUCCACAAACUUGGUUGGUUCAUUGAUCUGCACAAAAGAAGCCAUGCACGUCAUGCGAUCUCAGGGCAAGGGAGGCCACAUAUUUAACAUGGAUGGAGCUGGUUCUGGGGGAUCAAGCACUCCACUGACAGCUGUGUAUGGUUCAACAAAGUGUGGGCUAAGGCAGCUUCAGGCUUCACUUCUGAAAGAAUGCAAACGGUCCAAGGUUGGGGUACACACUGCAUCUCCGGGAAUGGUCCUAACUGAUUUGCUUUUAAGUGGUUCUACUCUUAGAAAUAAGCAAAUGUUCAACAUAAUCUGCGAGCUACCUGAAACAGUGGCAAGAACAUUGGUUCCAAGAAUGCGAGUCGUAAAAGGAAGUGGAAGGGCAAUUAAUUACUUGACACCUCCACGGAUCCUGCUUGCUUUAGUCACAGCAUGGCUUCGUAGGGGUCGAUGGUUUGAUGAUCAGGGGAGGGCGCUGUACGCAGCAGAGGCUGACAGAAUCCGGAACUGGGCAGAGAGUCGAGCCCGCUUCUCCUUCACAGAUGCCAUGGAGAUGUAUGCAGAGAACACCUGGGUCUCCGUCUUCUCGCUCUCUGUUGUCUGUGCUUUCAUAAUUCUCUCAAGUUCAGGCAGUGCAUUUCCUGGAACAUGAUUCAUUUUUCGGGAUAUCUUCAGUUGGGAAAAAGAAGAAAAAAAUCCUUCUACAUCACACACAAGUAGCAAAAAACUGAUCGCCAAUAUUUAUCACGCUCUGCCUUGUAAACUAACGUUGUAGAUAUCCAAUCAGGCUGGCAAUCCAAGGAGAUCUUAGUAGUUAAGUACAUGGGGUCGGAAUUCCCACCCCCUUGUAAGGAUCUCCUUGUAAUUUUUCUUACAAGAAUCCAAUUCAUACGACCUCAAUUCUUGUCAUGUGUAUAUAGUUUGCUGCUUAGCUCGAAUGGUAUCAUAAUUUUCUUUACUUUGUUACA